AAGCCGUCAAUGAAUGCUAUAUCAAAUCCCAUUCAUCUUCAUCUCAAACUUAAAGGCACUAUUAAAGCACUUUUAUCUUUCAUAGUGUCAUUUGACCAUCUUCAAAGUAGGCUCUGGCUCAACUUUCUCACUUUACUUUUGUUCACUCACAUGAAACUUGUCGCUAUCCUCCUCAUGAUUGCGCACGUUUGGGCCUGGCCAUCGUCAACAAUAUUGUCUACCAUCUCAUCGGCAAUAGUUGGAGUCGACAAAAAUAAUGCGACUACCAAGUGCUGGGGUGGCUGUGACUCGGAAGUAAAUACCGUUAGGUCGAUUACAACUACUUGGUCAGAUCACAUUGGCUACGGGGGGUUGAUGCAAGACUUCCCCUCUGUUUGUCAAGGAAUACAAUCAUUUUCUAUUAUCUGCGCCAAUACGGUCAUCGAAUGGCAGAAAACCAACAAAAAGUUUCAAGUGAUUCAAGUUGAGGUACACAGAAUGGCAACCAGCUGUUUUGAACUUUUCCAACAAUAUAGCAUCGGUUGUGGGACUUGUCAAAAGAGCAGGGCCUUUCAAUUUCAGAGCGCUGUACAAGGUUUCUUCAUAGUAAUGCAAUCCAUCAUCUCAAUCCUUGUUGAGCGGUAUAACUCACACCUAGACCAAUGUUUCUCCGAAUUCGAGCUCAUCUCGGCCUCUAUCCAUGCUAUCACUGGCAUUGCACAUAGUCUGGAUAUUGACCUUGGUAGUAUCUUGAUGAGUAUCGGAAUUGACCUCCUGCUUUUCGAUUCGGUAAACAUUGACCUUCGUGCCAUACUCAACCUUCCUCUCUCUGGUCUAUUCGGUGUUGUUGAUGGUGUUGUCCACGGCCUCCUUGAUGGCGGAAAGAGUCGUGCUGCUGAACUUCUUGUCCUUAUGUGAGAUCAUGUCUUGCAUACUUGGAUACUUAAAUCUCACUCCUACCCAUCACAUGAACAAUUUUUAUUACACUGUCAUAGUUCAAGGCUUCCUGCCGUUAUUUUACAUUGUUAAUUACUAUUAUCCAUUUCAUCUCUACUUGGACUCUGUCGGACACUUUCACUCUGUUUUUUAAUAUGCAUAUCCACAAACAAUAUAUAACAUUUGCUUCUUGUAUACCCGGUCGAUGAUCGACCGAUGACCGCAUAUUUGUCAGUUUGAAAAUAUCUUUCCAAUUGAACAAUC